AUGGAUGUAACAUCACAAAUUUAUAUCUCACUAGAAGUAAUCAUUGGAGUGGCAGCAGUGGCAGGAAACAGCCUCGUUUUGGUGGCCAUUAAGCGGACACCAAGUCUUCAAACUGUCACAAACUGCUUCAUAGCCAGUCUUGCUUUGGCUGAUUUACUUGUAGGAAUAAUGGUGGCACCCUUAGCGGCUCUCAGUUACCAGGGACUCCCCCAUGAUUUCAUGGGAUGUGUUUUCAUAAACUCCUUGGUUGUCAUGUUUACACAGAUAUCUAUUUUCAACCUUGUAGCUGUUGCCGUCGAGAGAUUUAUAGCCAUUAACUCCCCAUUUUUCUACCAACGUCACAUGACUGUGCAUGUCGCACUCUACAUUGUUGUAGCAACAUGGGUGGCAGCCAUUUUGAUCGGACUGACCCCAGUAUUUGGGUGGAAUCUUGGCCCGACGCCCGGUAAUAACUGUGCCUUUAUGUUAGUUAUAGACAUGGGGUACAUGGUGUAUUUCAAUUUCUUUGGAUUUGUGUUACUGCCAUUGUUCAUCAUGUUUGUACUGUAUUCUUAUAUAUUCUACAUUGUCAGGAAACACAUGGCCAAAAUCGCUGCCCUUGAAAUCGUACAGGAGUCUGAAGGUCGCCAAAAGCAGCGACAAUUCAGGAAAGAGGUUAAAGCAGCUAAAUCGCUCGCUAUUGUGAUCGGGGUUUUUGUGAUCUGUUGGUUGCCAAUCCACAUCCUGAACUCAAUAAAUUUACUCUGUAAAGAAUGCUCUUAUCCCUCGGAGCUUCUCUUGGCGGCCAUCUUGCUUAGUCAUGCCAACUCAACUGUAAACCCUUUUUUAUAUGCAAUAGGCAACGACAAAUAUCAGAUGGCAUUUAGAAAGAUGUGCUGUCAAACGUGUCUGCCGAUUUCUAACACAAACACAUUCAGCGAUGAGUAUUAUACUGGAAAUCCUCAUGUGACCAAGUCAUCAAAUACUUGUCAUCACAAUGGAGUAUCUAAGAUCAUGAAGAAUACACAAUCACCAUCAGCAAGUACUCCCAAUGACAUCUUCUACAUAAAGUGA